GGAAACCAGAGACAUGUCGCGUUCUUUAGACAAUGUGCAUUGGUGGCAGCCAGAGCACUGGAGGACAAAAAAGCUUCGGAGCACGUCUUCUUUAUCAUUAGAAGGAGCAGACCCAGCCGACAUAAGAAAUGGCUGGCUGACAUUACCGGAUCCUAAGGCGCGGUUCCAACAGAAGCAGAUGCAAGAGCGAGAGCUGAAAAUAGCUUCGCUGUACGAGGCACAGCAGGCGCGAGCACUGACACGUGUACGGCACUCGCCGAGCGAGACUCUCGUGCGGCGAUCGCCGAGCGACAGUCUGUCCAGCCCGCCGCAGCCACCUGUGACACAUCAGCCCGGCAAGGUCCGUCAAAUGUUCGAGGAGCGUCGAACCAAAGGCAUCGACAAGAGCUACCCCCUCCAACCAAUUCAGAACACAGAGCGCUCGCGCAAACCAUUACCCAACGGGUUCGCCAAAGUGUCCAGUACCAGGGUCCAGAACGUUCAGAACGGGACGGAGCGGACGGAUCGGACGGAUCACAGGCAGAAUGGGACGAGGACGACCAGUCGGGUGACAGAGAAGAAGUCAUCGCAUACGAGCAUCAGCUCGCAGAGUAUGAAGAAACAUCAUGUAAAAACUGAAGAGAUCAUAAACAGAUCAGGGGACCUUAACCACAACCACCAGCCAGACCUUAAUGCUGUGAAGGAGGCUCUCAUAAGCAAUGGACUGGUACAGGAAGUGGACGAAUUAGACGGGCCCGGCAACAUGCUGGAGGACGAGACGUUUCCCGAGGCGCUAGCGCCGGUCACCCCGCGCGACGACCCGCCAGCCAGGCCUCCUAGGAGGAGCCCGAUGGCAAAGACAACCCCCUCCACCACCAUCACCGCCACCAAACCAAAACCGGCUGCCGCCCCCGCCGCUCCCCCCAGGAGAACCCCCAGUGGAAAGGCAUCGGAGAGCAAGUCCCAGGGCUCAAUGGCAAACAGAGGUCCAAAAGCAGCCACUGUAAGUAGCAACGUAGGAAGUGGUACGAUAAGAACUACGCCGGGGAGUUCUUCGCAAGUGAAGCGCCUGGCAGCGGCGUCGUCGUCCGCAGCGGGCGCCGGCGUGCCGUGCAGCGUGUGCGGCCGGCGCUUCGCCGAGGACCGCCUCGCCAAGCAUGAGGGCAUCUGCCGCAGGGCGCAAACCAAGAAGAGGAAACCUUUUGACGCACUCAAGCAUAGACUCGCGGGUACGGAAGCGGAGCCGUUCAUAAGCAAACUGCGGAAGAGUAAUACCGCGAGCAACGCUGCGCCCGCCAAGCCCAAGCCGUUGAACAACAGCUGGAGACAGAAGCAUGAAGAGUUCAUCCAGGCCAUCCGAGCUGCGAAGCAGGUGCAGCAACAUCUAGCUGCUGGAGGCAAACUAAGCGAUCUACCGCCACCCCCGCCUUCAGAGAACCCGGACUACGUGCAGUGUCCGCACUGCAGCCGCCGCUUCAACCAGGCCGCGGCCGAGCGCCACAUCCCCAAGUGCGCGUCCUUCCAGUUCAACAAGCCCAAGCCGGGCCAGGGCAAGCCCAGCAACUCCAGACGCCGGUAACACAGCCGGGGAACUUAGGAUACUGAGGACUAUGAAACUUAAACCGCG